AUGCCGAAUUUCGGUGCGGUCUGUGCAACAAACCCUACAGUCGCCGGGAUCUCCGCGACCGGCAUCGACGUCGCUGUGCCAAAACCUUUGGCCAGGAACGCGCAUCUAAGCGGAAGUCUUGUGAAACCAUGGGAAAACCAGGAGAUCGGACCGGAGCCCAUGUCGCCCUCACAAGUCACUCUGGAACCAACAUCCACAAGUUUACCCUCCGUGACGCCCGUCUCAGCCAUAAGCUUGCCCAAGGGUGGCAGCAAUAGUGCUGUCGGUAUGGAUGACAUCGCCUGGAGCCCCACCCUCAAUAAUAUGGGAUUCGUGCUGUACCCGCUAGGAGAUGGUACGGGGUUCCCUGGUCAGGAUGCAUGGCCUGACGCAACAUCGGGCUUCAUUGGCGACCAUUUGGACAGUCAAACGUCCCCCUUCUUCCUUGCGCAGGAGAAGUCCAGAGCACCGCAUCUGCUAGAUAAUCGUUCUCUAUUACUUUCCAAUGAUUCGUUGGAUGUUCCUUUACCACAUCUAUCUUCGUCAAUAGGCAGUAGUCACCAUGAGCCGUCCUCGGGACAUGAUGAUACGGAGACCUCUCCCUCCGGUGUCUCCUGGGAUAGUUCAAGUAUGUUUGCCAGCUCAUUUGUCCCAGACCUGUCCCUUCAAGCACUGCGAGACACAAACAAUCUAUCUCAGGAUCUUUUCGGGAUCGUACGUGAGUAUCCACGAAUGCUGCUGCAGCCCAACUUCUGGUCGCCCUUCAUCCAUCACCGUCUCUACCGUUGCUCUAAGGAUGGAAUGGCUGAGCCCCUCGGCAUUGCUCUGGCCUGCGUGUCGGCCUAUUCGAGCUCUGUUGAGUCCAGCUUUGAGUUUGUUGACAACAUGAUCAACUCGCAACGGGAGCGGCUGGUCCGCGAGUUCCACCUUUACAGCGACCGUCCGGAAACCUGCCUCGCCGCCCUGCAUGCGGUUUGCGUAUAUCAAAUCCUCGGGCUUUUUGGAGGGACGUCUAUAGGCAGCCCAAGAUCGAGUCACAGCACGCCCUUUGUAGAUGGGAGUGAGCGACGUCGCGAAGAAGCGGGCAAGGCCGCAGAACUCCACGGGUCCUUUUUACUUAAGAUGACCAGGCGUCUCUGCAAGUUGCACCAAAAAGCCGUCAGAAUGAAUGAAGCAGGCUGGGCCGAGUGGAAAUUUGCUGAAUCUCUCCGUCGCAACGUCUUCUUCAUUCACAUAGUUAAUAUACUCGCGGCCGAAGCCCGGAAGCUGCACCAUGACUACUUUGAGCCCUUGAAUGAUGCCAUGAUUCUACAGAUGCCCCUUCCAGCGCCGGAGGAUAUGUGGCGCGCCUGCAGCGAGGAGGAAUGGCGAGUGGCCCGCGAAUACACCCAGCCGACGUCGCAUGCCUCGUCCACUCUGCAGGACCUACUCGAUCUGGGGCGUGCCGGAAGUUUGGGCGUGGCAUCACUGCAGCCUUUGACAAGGUUGAUUUUGGCGUGUCAUAGUAUCGGACCCAAAGUUAGCGAUGGAGAGGAGUAA